AGAGAGAGAGAGAGGGUGAGGGUGAGAUCGAAGAGAAUAGAAAGAGCCAAACCGCGGUUUCCAGUUUUCAGUGAAGUCUGUGCCGGUGUCAGUAGCGUCCAGGUUCGGCCCUCGUUCCGCGAAUCCCUCUUCACCGCACUACACGGGUGUAAUGCAUGGCAGCUUAUCGCAUCGUCAGGAGUUGGACGUUGCUGCUCGUAGCGGCCUUCCUCUUGCUGGGGUCGCCGGCCUGGAGCAGGAGACACGCGAUCCGGCACGGACGACAGCGUCGCCAGCAUCACUUCCAGCAGAACGUGACGCUGGGCUCGGACUCUAGCGGCUACCAGGAGUCCGGGCCCUGGGGUCCUUGGACCGACGCCAGCCUCUGCUCGAGGACCUGCGGCGGCGGGGUGUCCUUCCAGAGCAGGACCUGCGACGACGUCCGCGCUGACGGACAUCACAGCUGUACGGGUCCUGGCAAGAGGUACACGUCCUGCAACGUCCAGGACUGCCCGGACUUCACAAAGGACUUCCGGGAAGAACAGUGCGCGCGCUUCAACAGCAUUCCCUUUGAGGGGAAGUACUACAGCUGGGUGCCUUACCACAAAGCGGCCAACCCCUGCGAGCUAAACUGCAAGCCCAAGGGGGAACGGUUCUACUACCGGCACUCCUCGAAGACUAUAGAUGGCACGCGCUGCCACGACGAUGGCAGCUUGGACGUCUGCGUGGAUGGGCAGUGCAUGCCAGUUGGGUGCGACAAGAUGCUGGGCUCCAGCGCCAAAGAGGACAAGUGCCGAGUGUGCCGCGGGGACGGUUCCUUGUGUAGCACCAUUGAGGGUGUCUUUGACCUCGACAAUUUGGAAGUGGGAUACAACGACAUUCUGCUGAUACCAACGGGAGCCACCAACAUCAGGAUAGAAGAGAAACACCCCACCAACAACUACCUGGCGGUGCGUAAUGUGCACGGCAUCUACUACCUGAACGGCAACUGGAGGAUUGAGUUCCCCCGGAGCAUCCGCUUUGCGGGCACCAUCUUCCAUUACGAGCGCAAGACGCACGGCCUCCACGCACCCGAGAGCCUGGUGGCACUGGGACCGACCAACGAGACCAUCCUCGUCGUGCUCUUGUAUCAAGAGAAGAACCUGGGAAUCACGUACGAGUACUCAGUUCCGGCCAAUGCCAGCCGCCCCCACCCCGACAAGUACAACUGGAACUCUGGGGACUUUGGAGAGUGCUCACAGACCUGCGGAGGAGGCGUCCAGAACCGGACGGUCUACUGCUCCAGCGCGAGCACCUUUGAGAAGGUCUCCAAUGACCUGUGCAACCCCACCAUCAAGCCCGAAGCCACCAGGCCCUGCAACGGGGAGCCCUGCCCCGCCACAUGGUACGUGGGCGAGUGGGAGCCGUGCCUUGGGAGCUGCGGCAACGGCACGCAGCUGCGGCUGGUGUUCUGCCAGCACCUGGUCGAGGCCGGCUCCCUGCUCGCCGACGACGCGCUCUGCCUCUCGGGCGAGGGGCCCAAGCCCAGCAGGCAGCGGGACUGCAGCGAGGACGCAGAGUGCGCUGCCUGGGAAGUCGGCGAGUGGAGCGACUGCGACCGGACGUGCGGCGAAGGAACCCAAGUGCGGGACGUUCAGUGCAUCCGCUCGAUUGACGCCGUGGCGGCUGAAGUGCGUGGCGACUGGGGCUGCGACGAGGCGAGCAAGCCCGAGAGCAACCGCACGUGCGUCCUCAAGCCUUGCGGGGGCACCGAGUGGAUGACCUCACCUUGGUCCGGAUGCGAGGGCCCGUGUUCCGCUCGCCUGGAGACCAGAGAAGUGAUGUGUGCCUCUGAGGAUGGCACCGCCUUUUCGGACGACCACUGCGAUGAGGCCAAGAAGCCCAAUGCCACCAAGCCGUGCGACCACGAGGACAGUAACCUGCAGGCGCCCUGCCAGUUCAUGUGGUACUCGUCCCAGUGGAGCCCCUGCUCGACGGAGUGUGGGCGGGGCCUGAAAACGCGCAAGGUGUUCUGCGGCACCUGGGAGGACGGGACCAUCAAGAACGUGACGGAGGACAACUGCGAUGCGGCGGAGCUGCCCAAGGCGUCCGAGGAGUGCGAGCUGGAACCCUGUGGCGGGAUUUGGGUCUCGGCGCCGUGGGACAGGUGUUCGACACCCUGCGGUGGCGGACAGCGCACCAGAAUCGUCCUCUGCCAGAUGGACGGGAAGCCCACAGAGGCCAAAAACUGUGACGCAGCCAAGAAGCCGUUCGACAGCGAGACUUGCAACAUGAACGCCUGCGAUGAAGACGAUUUGAUAAUGAGCGGCGGCUGCAAAAACUCGAAGCAUGGCUGCUGCCCCGACGGCAUGACACCAGCAGGGCCCAACUUCGAGGGCUGCCCUAAGGUCACCCCCGUGGAGGGGGGUUGUGAGGCCACCGAGUUCGGUUGCUGUUUGGACGGAGUGACGCCUGCCUUUGGACCUUUCAAGAAGGGCUGCCAGCAGCUUUCCCUGUGCAACGGCACAGAGUUCGGCUGCUGCGCAGAUGGCGAGACGGCCGCCGAGGGCCCCGACCAAGAGGGCUGCCUCGAGAUCAUCUCCUCCGCUCCGGACUGCAACUCCACGGACUUCGGUUGCUGCCCCGACGGAAUUACACCCGCCGCCGGCACCAACUUCACGGGCUGCGACGACGAGAUGUUCCCCUCCUCCACCUCGUGCGCCGACUCUGCGUUCGGCUGCUGUCCGGACAACGCAACCGCGGCCGAUGGACCACAGGGACUCAACUGCAUCGAGGGCUCCGGCACAGACGAGCCCUGCCACGACUCGGAGCACGGCUGCUGCCCCGACGGGUUCUCCCCGGCGCUCGGACUGGACAACGAGGGCUGCCCGAAUGCCACCGGACUCCAGCCGUCGCCGACCGCCAACUGCAGCGGCUCUCCGCACGGCUGUUGUCCGGACGGUGUGACCAUGGCCGAAGGACCCGACUUUGCAGGCUGCGAGGAGAUUGAGGGCAGCGGAGAGGAGCCGGCGGACUGCGAGAUUACCUUCUACGGCUGCUGCCCCGACAACAAGACUCCGGCCGGAGGGGAGGGCUAUGCCAACUGCACGGGCUGCACCAAUUCGACGUACGGCUGCUGCAAGGACGGCGUUUCGGAAGCGACCGGACCGGACUACGAGGGCUGCGACUGUGCGGCGUCGACGUUCGGAUGUUGUCCCGACAACAUCACGGAAGCCGCCGGCCUGGAAUUUGAAGGCUGCCCCAGUUGCACCAACUCGACGUACGGCUGCUGUCCGGACCGCACCGUGGCUGCCCAAGGUCCGAACUUUGAGGGAUGCGACGGAUUCGAGUCCAACUGCACCAACACGACGUUCGGGUGCUGUCCUGACGGAAUGAGUGCCGCAACCGGCGAAGGUUUCAAGGGCUGUGGUCAGGACUGCGACGCCACCGAAUUCGGAUGUUGUCCGGACGGCCUCACACCGGCCAUGGGGGUCGAGUUCGAAGGCUGCGACAAUUGCACGGAGUCCCUCUAUGGAUGCUGCGCCGACAACGUGUCGUUUGCAAUGGGUGCGGACGGAGAGGGCUGCUGCUUCCACACGGAGUUUGGGUGUUGCCACGACAACAAGACGGCGGCACUGGGACCCGACAACGCCGGUUGCAGUUGCCACACGACGCCCCAUGGCUGCUGUCCGGAUGGCAUCACUGUCGCUUUGGGUCCCAGGUACUAUGGCUGCACGUGCGAGCACUACCCGUACGGCUGCUGCCAGGACAAGCACACGCCCGCGGGGGGACCCAACCUGCAGGGCUGCAUCUGCUCCCGGAUGCUGUACGGCUGCUGCCCGGACAACCAGACGCCCGCAGAGGGCGAGCACCUCCGGGGCUGCAGCUGCAGGACUGGCCCCUACGGCUGCUGUCCGGACGGCCGCACUCCGGCACAUGGGCCGAGCUUCAAGGGCUGCACUUGCGACACCAUGCCGUACGGCUGCUGCCCGGACCAGCGCACUCCCGCUCGAGGACCACAAUUCGGUGGCUGUCCCUGCUCGGCCAUGCCGUACGGAUGCUGUGCCGAUCAGCAGACUGCCGCAAAGGGGCCCGAAGGCAGGGGCUGCGAGUGCCAGCAGCUUGUCCACGGCUGCUGUCCCGACGAGCGCACGCCUGCCCAGGGGCCCCGCUUGCAGGGCUGCACGUGCGAGACCUACCCGUACGGCUGCUGCCAGGAUGGCCGCACCCCGGCAAGGGGCCCCAACUUUGACGGCUGCGACUGCUCGUCCACGCGCUUCGGCUGCUGCGCCGACGGAAAGACGCCUUCCAGGGGACCCAGCUUCGAGGGCUGCCCCGUCGACACCAAGCCCAUGCCACCGGCAAUCAGCGGAAGCGUCUGUGGCCUGCCGGAGGACCUGGGGCCCUGCCGGAACUACACCAUCUACUGGUUCUUCAACAUGAAGGACGGCCGCUGCAACCGGUUUUGGUACGGAGGCUGCGAGGGCAACGGGAACCGGUUCUCUUCCGAGGCAGAGUGUGAGGAGGUCUGCGUCAAGCCCCAGGGCCCCGAUGCAUGCCUGUUGCCCAAGGUUGUGGGUUCGUGCAACGGCCAGUACGAGCACUGGUACUUCGACGCGUCCUCGAGAGUGUGCGAGCCGUUCAUGUACGGCGGCUGCAUGGGCAACAACAACCGCUUCGGAACCAAGGAGCUCUGCGAGCAGACCUGCCUCCACCAGGAGACUCUGGACCCCUGCGACCUGUCGGUGUCUCAUGGCCCCUGUAGGGGAGAGAACACGAGAUUCCACUAUGACCGGCAGGACAACCGCUGCAAGCCGUUCACUUACGGUGGCUGCCAGGGCAAUGCCAACAACUUCGCCAGCGAGGAAGAGUGCUCUGAGAGAUGCGUCACUCUCACGGCUCGCGAGGUCUGCAUCCUGCCCAAGGAGGAAGGUCGGUGCCUUUCCCAGGACCACAAGUGGUACUACGACUACGUGGACGGGCGGUGCAAAGACUUUGUCUACACGGGUUGCCAGGGAAACCGCAACCGUUUUGACACCAGGGAGCUCUGCGAGGACAUGUGCAAUGCCACCAGGGUCGCCGUGUCCAGGGACGUGUGUGCCCAGCCCAAGCAGGAGGGUCCCUGCCGGGCGGCCAUCCCGCACUGGUACUUCAAUGCGGAGGCUGGCCGGUGCGAGCAGUUCUACUACGGCGGCUGCGAGGGCAACGCCAACCGCUUCGAGACCAGGCGGGACUGCGAGCGGGCCUGCCUCGUCAGGGGAGAGAAAAACAUCUGCGUGCUGCCCCAAGAGGUUGGCAACUGCGUGGAGUUCCGCGAGCGCUGGUACUACCACGCAGAGGAAGGCCAGUGCAGGCGCUUCUACUACGGAGGCUGCGACGGCAACGAGAACAACUUUGCCUCGCACCUCGAGUGCGAACGGGCGUGCGGGCAGCCGGUGAUCGAGAUCCCCGACGAGGACUUCAAGCCGGAAUUCUGCUCCAUGCCACAGGAGGCAGGACCAUGCACCAACACGGAGAUCCGCUGGUUCUACGACAAGACGGAUGGCGUCUGCAGGGAGUUCUACUAUGGAGGCUGCUUGGGCAACGGAAACCGCUUCAGGACACGCAAGGACUGUGAGGACAGGUGCUCCAGUGCACAAGAUCUGUGUACCCUGCCCAAGGUUCCGGGCCCAUGCAGCGGCCGCUUCGUCCAGUGGUUCUACGACGCCGAGACGGAUGUGUGCCACGAGUUCGUGUUCAGCGGCUGCCAGGGCAACGCCAACCGCUUCAACGACCGGGAAACCUGCGAGGCACGCUGCCGCAAGGGGGCACCACUGCCCACCGAACGUCCACCAGACCCGCAUCCUCCAGUCGAUGCCUGUGCCCAGCCAAAGCAGCCUGGCCCGUGCUACGGUCUUUUCGAGAUGUGGUUCUACGACACGAGCAUCAACGAGUGCAGGGCUUUCAACUACGGCGGCUGCGAGGGCAACGACAACCGCUUCGAGUCCAAGGUGCUUUGCGAGCGGCGCUGCAUGAGGAAAGUCGGCCCGGUGUGCCAGAAGAUGGCGGACCCUGGCACCUGUGACCAGAUGCACCCACGGUGGUUCUAUGACGCCAAGAGCGGCAUUUGCUUGCCCUUCGUGUACACUGGUUGCGGCGGCAACCGGAACCGCUUCAAGACGCAAGAGGUCUGCCUCAGCUUCUGCCGCGGAGUGACCAGUACGGAAACCCCCGACGAAGGACAGCCGGAUUCGGGCGAGUCAUCAGUGGAAGAGUUGGACCCACGUUCAAAGUUCCCUCCGGUGCCAGACCCCACCCCGCUGGCGCCCCCGACGGUGCCGCCCGUUGCACCGACCACCGUCCCGUGCCCAACGUCCAACUGCGCCACGCUCCAGUGUUCGCUGGGCAAGACGGAGAUCGUCGACCGACAGGGCUGUGUCAUGUGCCGGUGCAGCAACCCGUGUGAGACACACGUCUGCGGAAACGACGAGCAAUGCAGGAUCGAGGCCUACCGGGGACCAGACGGCGAACCACGAUAUCGUCCAAUCUGCCGGCUCACCAACAAGGCCGGCCAUUGCCCGAUAGCCGAAGCCAAAGCCCAGCCGGCGGCGGUCGUGCGGGCGGACUGCCGAGACGUGUGUCGCAUUGACGCCGACUGCCCCGACGAACGCAAGUGCUGCUACAAUGGAUGCGCUCACGUCUGCGUGCAGGCGGUCGUCACCGAGGGCACCACUCUACUGACUACAACGUCCACACUGGCACCAGCGUUGCCCCCCGAGCCCACCCAUAAGGAUGUGACCCCGAUCGGCCACUACCCACCGUCAGAGACCCUGGCCACCGAACCCGAGGUGACCGCCAACGCGGGCUCGGACGUGACGCUGCGCUGCGUCAGGAACCUCCCGUCGGCUCGCGUCACGUGGACCUUCAAGGACCACUUCGUGGAGAGCCGGGACGGCCGCUUCAAGAUCCUCGUGGACGGCUCGCUCCACAUCUCGGAGCUAAGGGGAGAGGACGCCGGACCUUACAAGUGCACCGCCGUCAGCGGCCAGGAGGAAGUCAGCCACGUCACCGAGCUCGUGGUCUAUGUUUCGGCGACCAUCCUGCCCUCCAACACAAUGGUGGUGGUGACGGUGUCGGAAACCGCGUACCUCGCCUGCAAGGCGGUCGGAUACCCGAAGCCCAUCGUCAACUGGUACCGCAACGGGACACAGCUGCCCCAGCGCAGCGCGCGCUACCACGUGUUCCCCGACUUCACGCUGGCCAUUCGCAACGUGACGUUCAGCGACGAGGACAUCUACAUGUGCCGGGCGUACAACCGGAUCGGGCGUCCGUCUGUCUGGAAGGUUUCCCUGACGGUCAUGCCCCUUGUGGUGUCCGGUCGGCGCCGCAGGGGCCACGGGCCCCCGCGGGACACCAGGAAGGUCAUGCUGGACGGGCCCGAAACGGUUACGGUGGACGUGGUGGUCCUGACCGAGGAGUACCGUGUGGGAGCACCGCUCCAGCUGGACUGCUACGUGACGGGAUGGCCCGAGCCGGACGUGAGCUGGCUGCACGACGGCCGGGUGGUGAAGCAGGACGGGCACCACGUGGUCAUGGAGAACCACACCCUGUUCAUCCCGUCGGCGGCCAUGUCAGACAACGGGGAGUACACCUGCCGGGCGGACAACGGGCGCAGCAACGAGUCCGUGUCCGUCCACAUCACCAUGGACGAUGUGUUCGUGCCCGAGACGUGCACAGACAACCCGCGAUUCGCCAACUGCAACCUGAUCGUGAAGGCACGGUACUGCACCAACAAGCACUACUCGCGCUUCUGCUGCCGGUCCUGCAUGCUGGCCGGACAGAUCCACGCCAACGGUGCCGACCACGAAGCCGGAUACACGAAUGGCAACGGAUUCACGAACGGCUACCUGAAUGGCAACGGUUACACCAAUGGCUACGCCAAUGGCUUCAACAACGGCAACGACGAAAACGAGCUUGCGUAGGAGGGAACACGCACGUCAAGCACUCGGCGUCAUCCCUAUAGGCUACCCACAAUGCAUUUCUUUUGUUGUCCGCAAUAUUCCGACACAUUUGUCAUUGUUCUGUUGAUAGUGUAGUGAGCAAAAGGUAAGGCCCGUGGCAUUCAAGAAAUUUUAAUGCUACGUGGCAGGUUUUUUGUUUUUUUUUAUGUGGCCAGUUUUUUGUGAGCUUUCCGUAUAUUUAUGCUGCCGCAUGUGCAAGCUUUGGAUAUGUACAAUUCUGUUCCAUCAUCUGCACCAUUUCAAAGAACAAUCUUGCUCAUGUAGAAGUGUAUCUUGCAUUUUUCGUUACAUUGUAAUUGCGACUCGUCUAAAUUCUUGAGCAUCCCACCGAUGUGUCUUUGCAUCACGUAAACUGUUAGUAGUACGUGGUAACUAGAAGGUAUACGAUCAGAAAAUAAUGUGUCUUUUGACGUUGGUCGUGCCAAAACAAAUUUCAUCUUUAUUGCAUUGUUUUAAUUCUAGUGGCAUUAUGGUGUGUUUUACUGGGACUGAGACAUAUUUCUUUGUUUUUAUGUUCAUGUUUGCUCUGUCCUGCAUGUGGAUCAAAAUGCUAGACACUGCCAAGAAAAAAAGGACCAAGGCCCCUUGUUUUCUUUCUUUAUCUGCGAAGUUGCCACUCACCACCAGGUGCUUUCCAACUGUCAAGCCUAGCGCCAAGAACAAGCUUUGCAAUAGCAUAACUACCAAAGUUAAAUCUUGCAGCUUCAAUACCGAACAGAUAGGCUUUCAAAGCUAUCAAGUGCACUGACUAACAAUACUCCCCCCCCCCCUGCCCGCUGAGUUCCUCACCAGAUUCAGUGCUUCCCAACAUUUAUAGAGUAUACGACGUUGCCACUAUCAUCCACGACAGUGCAGAUAUGUGUGCGAGUGGCUAUGUAUUACAGUUUUCCCUGCAUGCUUUUUUACUAACUCAUUAAAACAUGCUAAGCUGUAUGCUUUUUUUAAUUUCAACUAACACUGUCCAUUUUUUUCCUAGCUAAAACUGCAUAGGAAGAAAGGCAUAUUUGUAAAGACGACUUUUUAUGGCCAUACACCUUCAUAUUACCAGUUCCUAUGCUUUCAAGUGCCUGUUUUGGUGUGCAGUUUUUUUCGUUGCCAAAUCCAAAUCCGGUAGAAAGUGUCCCAAGCUCCUCGAUUGGAUUUGUGAAGCAAAUCGCUUCGCCCCACCACUUGAACGCUCUCUAGUCCACAAUUGCUGUGCGGAGUCCUUACCAAUCGGAAAGCAUUCCAACGUUUCGAAAGUGGUGUCAACGUCCUUCCCAAAAGCGACAACUCUCCCAACCUCGCAGCCAUUUCUCGGGGCCAAACGAUGUACUCGUCAUUUACUUAAUUCACAAAAGUCCCGUCCUUGUCUCUCUUUUACGCCAAAAGGAAAAGCGCGAGCGGCAUUUUCUAUGUACAGCUUCUGUUGACAAAAAUGUUACUGCCAGGGAUGGGGGACGUGAAACGUUGUCCGACGGUGCUUUUAUACACUCAACGUUGCCUGGCGGCCGUGCCUUAUUUGAGCGGGUUCGAAUCUCCCGUGCUCGCACGGUGCUUUGUUGCAUGCGAGAAUCUGUGGAGAAACAAAGGCAUGUGUCCUUUUGUACAUGUUUUAUCUUUUUUAUUGUUUGUACAUAAAACCGAUUGGCACAACGUU